UGCUCCUUUUCCAGACUUCUUGCUCCGGUCGUCGGUGCAGUUCCUCCGCCAGGGCUUUCGCUGGGCUCUCGCUGCCCUGUGCGCCCCUUCGCGCUCCCCGGCGGCGGCGGCCGCCCCGCUCCAGCUUCCCGCUCCUCCCGCCGGGUACGGGCCGGGCGGCGGCAAGUCCGCGCUCCCGGGCGGCUUGAGCUCCUUUCCUUCCCCGCCGUAACCGCCGUGUCCAACACCAGCUCUGUAGUUGGCGUCUGCAGGGUUUUUCAGUCUGCUAAAGGCGCAGUGGAUACACUAGGAUGGACACAGAGGAAUUCCCUCCCCCACCACCAGAAGUUCUAGAGCGUGAACCAGAAGCCACAGGUACGAAUGAUGAAGAAAGGGACGAGGGAGAACAGUUUGACUUUGACAGUGGAGAUGAGAUACCAGAAGCAGACAGGCAAGCCCUUAUGCCACCUCCUCCUGAUCCUGGAAAUAGCAUAGAGCGCCAAGAGGCUAAUGCCGUAGCUAAUGGGGCUGAUAAUUUAGAAGACAGUGAGAAGCUAAGAACAUCAGCACCUCCUGCGGAAGGCACUCCAGCCAAAGUAAAUCCCUACUCAGUCAUAAAUAUUUCACCAAUUCAAGACAAGGAUCUAUCCUCAUCACCAGAACCAAGUCCUCAAGACGAAUGUGCAAGUCCAAAUUUGUCCAGUGGAUAUUCUGUUCCUGUCCCCUGUGGCUAUGCUGUGCCAUCUAAUUUACCUUUGAUACUGCCAGCAUACUCCAGUCCUGUCAUAAUACGCAGCGUUUCUGUAGAUGAAGAAGGUACACAGUCAGCAACUGAAGAAUGUCAUUGUAAUUCUCUGAACUCAGAGGAGCCUCAAAAUAGUGAAGAUAACCAGGCCAAGAGAGAGGAUGAUGCUCUGGCCAAGUGGGUUGCAGAUCCUGCAAAUACAGCAUGGAUGGAAAACCCAGAUGAAGUAAUUUAUGAUGAUGUGCCAAGAGAAAAUUCAGACUCUGAACCAGAGGAAAUGAUUUAUGAUGAUGUUGAAAACGGUGAUGAUGGUGGAAACAGCUCGCUGGAAUACGGGUGGAGUUCAAGUGAGUUUGAAAGCUAUGAAGAACAGAGUGAUUCUGAGUGUAAAAAUGGAAUUCCCAGCUCCUUUUUGCGAGGCAACCACAAGAGACAUCUUUCUCAUGACCUAACGCGUUUAAAGGAGCAUUAUGAAAAAAAGAUGAAAGAUUUGAUGGCAAACACUGUGGGAGCAGUAGAGAUUCAGCAACUAAAGCAAAAACAUGAGCUGAAGAUGCAAAAGCUUAUGCGAGCUGCUAGAGAAGGUACCAAAGAUGGGCUCGAAAAGACAAAAGCAGCUGUGAAAAAGGGUCGCUCCUUCAUUAGAACAAAAUCCUUCAUUUCUCAAGAUCAUAGAGCAUCAUGCCUGGAAGAAGAGGAGCUAAAUUUAUUUAUUGAUGUGGACUGCAUGCAUACAGAAGCAAUUAUGACUCCUAUGCCUGAAGGAUUAUCACAACAGCAGGUUGUGAGAAGGUAUAUUUUGGGCUCUGUAGUUGACAGUGAGAAGAAUUACGUGGAUGCUCUCAAAAGAAUUCUGGAGCAAUAUGAGAAGCCCCUUUCAGAUAUGGAACCAAAAUUAUUGAGUGAAAGAAAACUCAAAAUGGUCUUUUAUCGAAUUAAGGAAAUUCUUCAGUGCCAUUCAAUGUUUCAGAUCGCGCUGGCGAGUCGUGUGUCUGAGUGGGACUCUGUUGAAAUGAUUGGUGAUGUCUUUGUUGCUUCAUUUUCUAAGUCUAUGGUGUUGGAUGCGUACAGUGAAUAUGUAAACAACUUCAGUACAGCAGUAGGGAUUCUCAAGAAAACAUGUGCCACCAAACCUGCCUUUUUAGACUUCUUAAAGCAGUGCCAGGAGUCAAGCCCUGAUCGAAUUACACUGUAUGGUUUAAUGAUGAAACCGAUCCAGCGCUUCCCACAGUUCAUUCUGCUAUUGCAGGAUAUGUUGAAGAACACUAAUAAAGGACAUCCCGAUAGAUUACCUCUACAGAUGGCUCUUACGGAACUUGAAACACUGGCAGAGAAGUUAAAUGAAAGGAAAAGGGAUGCAGAUCAGCGCUGUGAAAUAAAACAAAUAGCAAAAGCAAUGAACGAACGUUAUCUGAACAAGCUACUGAGUAGUGGAAACAGAUACCUCAUACGGACUGAUGAUAUGGUUGAGACGGUUUACAAUGAUAAAGGAGAAAUUAUCAAAACCAAAGAACGACGUCUUUUCAUGUUAAAUGAUGUGCUGAUGUGUGCAACAGUAAAUAUUCGCUCUUCCUAUGAAAGUAGUGGCACCAUGACAACUGGUCAGAGGUAUUUAUUGAAGUGGAGUGUACCGCUGGGACAAGUGGAAGUCAUAGAGUAUGGCAGCAGCGAGGGCCAAGGAGACAACUGCAGGUUUCCACCCCAACAUUCUGCUGAAAAUGUCAUCAUUAACUCUAAGCCAAACAAGCUCUAUAUGGGACCAGGGCAACUGUACCAUGAUCUGCAGAACCUUUUACAUGACUUGAAUGUAGUUGGUCAAAUUAGUCAAUUAAUAGGCAGCCUUAAAGGAAACUAUCAGAAUUUAAACCAAUCUGUAGCCCAUGACUGGACCUCAGGUUUACAAAAACUGAUUUUGAAAAAAGAAGAUGAAAUCAGAGCGGCAGAUCGCUGUAGAAUUCAGCUGCAACUCCCAGGAAAACAGGACAAGUCUGGGCGGCCCACUUUCUUUACAGCCGUGUUCAAUACAUUUACCCCUGCCAUCAAACAGUCUUGGAUCAACAAUUUACAAAUGGCUAAACUGGCCCUUGCGGAGGAUAACCUGUUAGGUUGGUUCUGUGUGGAAGAUGAUGGUAAUCAAAUCAAAAAGGAGAAACAUCCUCUUCUUGUUAGACACAUGCCAGUGAUGAUGGCCAAGCAACAGGAGUUUAAGGUGCGCAAAAUUUUUGUUGAAUGCGCUGCUUAUAAUCCUGAACCGUACCUCUCUGGAGAAACAGAGUCAGAUUCCUGUGCCAUGGAACAUGGUUUUCUUUGGAUUGGCAGUUGUACUAAUCAGAUGGGCCAGAUUGCAAUAGUAUCAUUUCAGAGCUCCAGCCCUAAGGUUAUUGAGUGCUUCAAUGUGGAAUCACGGAUUCUCUGCAUGGUCUACAUACCAGAGGAGGAGAAACUGAAAGAGCAAAAUAAGGGGCUCAACUCUGAAAACGUUCUUGCAAAAUCUUCUAAUGUGCCUACUAUUUGCCUUGGCAUGGAAGAAGGAAGCAUUUCUGUUUACAAAAGUUGCCAAGGCUCAAAGAAAAUUCGACUUCAACACUUCUUCACUCCUGAAAAAUCAACUGUUAUGAGCUUAACAUAUAUGUCUGAAUACUUGUUUGCUGGCUUGGUAAAUGGAAACAUCUCAAUCUACACAAAAGCAGAAGAUGGGACGUGGAACACGGAACCUCAGAAGAUAGUUAAACUGGGGGUUCUGCCUGUUAGAAGUCUGCUUGUGAUGGAGGAGACCAUUUGGGCUGCAUGUGGUGGACAAAUUUUUAUAAUCAGCACCGUGACACAUUCCAUAGAGAGCCAUUUUGAAGCCCAUCAAGAGGAAGGGAUGGUAAUCUCUCACAUGGCUGUUGCUGGAGUGGGGAUCUGGAUUGCCUUCACAUCUGGAUCCACACUUCGCCUGUUCCACACUGAGACACUGAAACACCUCCAGGAUAUUAACAUUGCCACACCUGUUCACAAUAUGUUGCCAGGGCAGCAGCGUGUUUCUGUGACCAGCCUCCUGGUGUGCCAUGGCUUAUUGCUGGUUGGAACAAACCUGGGUAUAAUAGUAGCAUUGCCAGUGCCGCGCUUGCAGGGGAUUCCCAAAGUAACUGGAAGAGGAAUGGUGUCGUAUCAUGCACACAAUGGCCCAGUCAAGUUUCUUAUAAUGGCUACAUCGAUAAACAAGAAGAACAGAAACAAACUGAGGAACAGCUUACCUCCUGGCUCGGAACCUAAAGACGAUGAUGACCAAAAGAACGUUCUGCACCGUGAAAGACCAAGCUCCUCUUCCCUUAGUAACACCCAUGACACUGCAGUUUGGCUGGGGGGCUCAGUAGGAUCCAUCGCACAAAAAAGUGACUUGUCAUCAUCUUCGGGAUCCCUUACUUUGUCUCACGGAUCAAGUUCCCUAGAACAUAGGCCAGAGGACAGUAACAUUUAUGAGCUUUUGAAGGAUCAGAAUAUCUCAUUUAAAAGUAAAAGACAGAGAUCCAAGAAAAUGAAAGUAAGCUCAGUAUUAGUCAUUUCUGGUGGCCAAGGACACAGAAGAGUGAACAAGAAGACCAAGCAGCAGCGACAAGAUGAACUAGUGUCUUCAGUGAUGGUCUGGCAAAUCCCACUAUUAAAUAUCUAACUGAACUAAAUCCAAGAUACUUUCUGCUAUUAAAAAAAUCCUGAUAUCCUUUAACAGCAAAUGCCAGCUUAGGACCCAAAUGGAUAGACUUUAUAUACCUGGGAGCAGUUUCAGUAGGCUUUGAUCACAGCAUUAAGGGUUGCAAGACAGGGUCUUCACAUACUUAGAACACUCUGCAGUGUUAGGGGAUUGGAAAAUAUUUAGCCAUUGAUGCUGACCUUGAUACUUAGAACAAAAAGGAUCUGUUAGACACUUCUAAAUGGUUUUAGAUUCUCUACCUUAUUUAUAUCCACAUUUAUAAAUAUCAUAAUUAUGUUCUAUAGCACUUAGGGACGGCAAGGAACACAAGUCGUGUCUCAUGCUGGUUUUUGCUUAUGUAAAUCAGCUGCUGUUUCUUUUUCCAAAGUGACAUAUUGCAUGGACUGUAGAUUUUAACAAAUUAGCAAAUAUUUUUAAACAAUAAAUAGUCUAAUGCAAGCUAAUAUUAAUUUGGUAAUUACUAUAAUAGUUUGUAACAUCAUUCCGCAUGCCAGUUUGGUCUGGACAAAAGCAGUUAUAUUAAUUGAUUGGUAUUUGUUUAUUUCAACAUAGAAAAUAGAUUUAUUAUUAUUAUUUCUAAUGCUCAGUAUUAUUAAAAUGUUGCAGUACAUAAAGCACACUAAUUUUCUUGGUAGGCGCAAUGUGUCUGCGACUCGCCUUUAUUAUACAGAGAAAGUUCUAAGGAUGCUAUGGUUUAGGGCAAGUAGAAAAUACAGGCGCAGGACAGCUGUGUGUUGUAGUGCUGCUAACGCAUUCUCCCCCAGCAACUCGGUAUCAAAGCUAGACAUGGGCUAUGCUGUUUUGAAGGAGGCAUGCGCAUCCAGUAAAUUAAUAAUCAUAUUAUUAAUUAAUUGGGGAGAAAUAUACUAAUAUUGGAAUAUCUACAGGAAGGGCAGGUAAUCAUUGUGGGCGUAGGCCCUACGUCACUUGAUUUGUGCUGUGUCUUCAGGCAAACACCUGUCAAAUCACGUCACAGCGCAACAGCAGCAGCAGAGAUAGGGUCAUAUCUGAGUGGCGGUCACCUCUUCUCACCCAGACUUUCUGCAGGGCAUGGUAUUGUAAAUGGAUAUUGUGAGAACAGCGUGCACAGCGUCAUUCCCUCAGUCGGGCAAGCGUUGCUUCGGCAGUGUUAGAGGGCUGAAUUCUAAAUAGAGACCUAAUCGUCUUUUCUGAAUGAAUCGAAGUAUUUCCAAAGGAAACUCUGAAUUUGGGAUUCCUACUGAAACUGCUUUUUGCGUUAGUCUCCGCACAUGAGAAAUAGAAGACAAAGCCUUCAGCUCAGAAAGACAUUGCCAAAAGUGGUGAUGAGGCACAUCCUUCUGUCAGAGCAUGUUUAAUACAGGUAACAUGUUGAAUGGAGUCACUGAGAACAUCCUUUCCCCCUCAUCAAUACGCUGAAAGAUGCAGAGAAAUCAGGACAGUUAAGUUUCAGUUGAAUAUGUUAAGAACACUAACACUGUCCAUCAGUUCAGUAAAAUGCAAAUUAAAUAUAUCUGUUGUCAGAUGUAUGCAUUGACUAGAAUCAAGUAAAACUUUUGGCUACUUUGGUACUGUUGUUAUCCCACUCGGGGGUGGCUCGCUCUGAAAUUAUUUCUUCUAAUACAAACUCCUUGGUUCCACCAUGUUUUGUUUCAAUCUGCCUAGUUUAAGUCAACAUCAACCAUAACUACAGUGUUACCCAGCAUAUGACAUUUCAGAGUAAUCAGUGCUAGCGACUGAAUUAUUUUGUUCCAUAUAAGAUAAAGUUGGGUUGUUUUUUUUUUCAAAAUAGCAGUAGAUAUGGGGUUUUUUUAAUGUUACUGGAAUUUAUUUUCUUUAUUUUGCAGCAAAUUUGUGUAUCUCUUAAAUUUUCAGUCUGUCUGCUGUAAAAAGCAAACCUCUGUCAAGGUGACCCCAGAGUCAGUGGGUGGGCUGACUUACCAAAUUCGGCAGAGCACUGGAGUAGCAUCAGGUCUUCCCUGCCACCUGCCGCCAAGUACGUGGGGCAGAGGGAAUGCCAACGCACGCGGCCUUUGCCUGCUAGGUAGCAUCAAAAUAGGCAUUUCAUAAAUCAGAUACGCACCCCGAUUUUGGAGAUUUUGCCCACAUCCUACAUCCUGAUCAGAACAGGAUUCUUGAGCCAUAAUAGCACGGACUGCAACAAGUCAUGAGGGACACUUAUUACAGGUGGGAUUGUAGGCUUAGGGUCUUCCUUACUGUUUUGUGCUUUUAUUCUGCGUCUUUCGCUCUCUAUCUCACAAAUUUAGCUGGGUGUUGUCAGCGUUGGUAUGGGCUUAGUGUUGGCAUGACUUCUGGUGCAAAAAGAAAAAAAAAAAAAAAACGAAAAAAAGAGUUCCUCUAUGCCAGGCAGCUGGCAGCAUUUUCCCAAACUUUUCUCCCUGGCCUGCUGCCUGGGCUUGCCUGGCCUGGGGGACCAAGGCCAGUUGCAUUUUCUACACUCCUCCAUAGCUGUGGCCCUGGGAGCUGCUCUGUGCCCGCUGUGUGGAAGUACUACAUUGUACAGUUUAAUGUAUGUAUAUUGAAAAACAUGUUAAAAGGUUCUUCUGUGUAUGAAGCAUAUAUAAUCUAGUAUCCGUUUGCUACCCUGCAGUACCCUUUUACCCCUGCGAUAGAAAGACCCCAGGCUCUAUUCUCCAUACUCCUCAGGGACUGGAGGAUUAUGUCCACUCUCUCAUGUGGUGGGUUUACCCAGGCUGGAUGCCAGGUGCUCACCAAAGCUGCUCUAUCACUCCCCUCCUCAGCUGUACAGGGAAGAGAAAAUAUGACAACAGACUCAUGGAUCGAGAUAAGGACAGGGAGAGAUCACUCACCUAUUACCGUCACAGGCAAAACAGGCUCGACUUGGGGAAAAUUAAUUUAAUUUAUUACCAAUCAAGUCAGAGUAGGGUAAUGACAAAUAAAACCAAAUCUUAAAACCACCUUCCCCCCCACCCCUCCUUUCUUCCUGGGCUCAACUUCACUCCUGAUUUUCUCUACCUCCUCCCCACCAGCAGCGGAGGGAGUUGUGGUCAGUUUGUCACACGUCGUUUUUGCCGCUCCUUCCUCCUCAGGGGGAGGGCUCCUCACACUCUUCCCCUGCCCCAGUGUGGGGUCCCUCCCACGGCAGACAGUCCUCCACGAAAUUCUAUGUGGGUCCUUCCCACAGGCUGCAGUUCUUCAUGAACUGCUCCAGUGUGGGCCCCUUCCCAGGGGUGCAGUCCUUCAGGAACAGACUGUUCCAGCGUGGGUCCCCCACAGGAUCACAAGUCCUGCCAGCAAAUCUGCUCCAGCGUGGGCUCCUCUCUCCAUGGGGCCACAGGUCCUGCCAGGAGCCUGCUCCAGCGUGGGCUUCCCAUGGGGCCACAGACUCCUUUGUGUGGCAUCCACCUGCUCUGGCGCAGGGUCCUCCACAUGCUGCAGGUGGAUAUCUGCUCCACCGUGGACCCCCAUGGGCUGCAGGGGCACAGCCUGCCUCACCAUGGUCUUCACCACAGGCUGCAGGGGAAUCUGUGCUCUGGUGCCUGGAGGCACCUCCUGCCCCUCCUUCUUCACUGACCUUGGUGUCUGCAGGGCUGUUCCUCUCACACAGCCUCACCCUUCUCUUCUGACAGCUGCAGUUGCUGUUGCGCAGCAACUUUUUCCCUUUCUUAAAUAUGUUAUCCCAGAGGUGCUACCACGCUCACUGAAGGGCUCAGCCUUGGCCAGGGGCGGGUCCAUCUUGGAGCCAGCUGGCAUCGGCUCUAUCAGACAUGGGGGAAGCUUCUAGCAGCUUCUCACAGCGGCCACCCCUGUAGCCCUGCCCUGCUACCAAAACCUUGCUACACAAACCCAGUACAGACCUUCAUCACUAAGGAGCAUAAGCAAAGUCCACCACAUAUUUAACAUCCAUGCAUGGUGUUAUUACAAGAUCUGCUAGCAUUAAUGCGUUAGCAUUUUAAAGUGAAACUGAUUCUAUCUUCCAGAUGAAGUGUAAUUUUCUUCAGUUUUAUCAAUAAAACAGUAGAAACAACGUACAAAUCUGCUCUUCUAAAAGUACACCAGAGUUUUGCCAGUAACUUCGGUAAGAACAGAACAGGGUUCCUCAUUAACAUUACAGUGUUUUGAAAAUAUGUUUUUAUUUAUCUUACUAAGCUGUAAAUCAAAGGAGAAGCUGUAUGUUAGUCUUUAGUUCACAACAAUGUGUAUUUUUAGGUUUUUUGGUACCUAACUGAGCACAAGGUGCGAUGUUUGUUUUCUGAUAUGCAGCUAACUGGUAUUACCUUACUAUGAGAACAGGCAGGAACCAAAGUUUCUCUUACAGCUGGCAAAUAGUCUUUACAGCUGUUGUAGACUGUGAUGCUGGGUAGGUUGGAUUUUGCUUUCUGAUACUGCUUUUCUAGAUUAAUAGGAGUUAUGGACAAUAUUAGGAAAAGAGGGGAGCAAGUGUAACCACUACAAAAUGUUCUAUAUAUGUUUUCUAACACAUAGUAGUGUCCUUUAUAACAUGAGCCAUAAAACUUGUGUAUUUAUGUUCAAAGUAUAAACUGAGAAAAAUAUUUAAUAAAAACGUGGCAAAAAUUAA